AGACCGUCCAAGGAAGGAAGGCAGAUGCGGCCAAGGCCAGCCCACCCCCUCGCAGCCCCUAUGGCUCCACCUCCGCAGGCUCCGGGGGAAGAGACAGCCACCUCCCAGAUCUUCCUUGAGCAGGCGAGCCCACCGAGGGGUGCCUCGUCCACCCCACCUACCCAGUCCCCUCUGCACGCUUAGCUUCCCCCAGGACUGAGUGGCAGCGCCGAGCAGGGUGUCCCAAUGGCCAGCGCCGCGCUCGGGGCGGUCACGCAGCAAAUUUGCAGCCUGGGCCCGCUGCAGCCUCCGGAGCCGGAGCGCGGCUUGCCCUUGGCCGAGGACGUGGCCGAGCUGCCGGUGCUGGAUGCCUCCGGCAAAAGGAUCCCGUUCGGGGCGCUCUUCAGGGAGCGCCGAGCCAUCGUCGUGUUCGUGCGGCAUUUCUUGUGUUACAUCUGUAAAGAAUAUGUGGAAGACCUGGCCAAAAUCCCUAAGAAUUUCUUACAAGCUGCCAAUAUCACACUAAUAGUUAUUGGACAGUCAUCUUUCCAACACAUUGAGCCUUUCUGCAAGUUGACAGGGUAUUCUCAUGAAAUUUAUGUUGACACUGAGAGAAAAAUUUAUAGAAAACUUGGAAUGAAGAAAGGUGAAGGAAUUGCUACAUCAGUGCGGAGUCCACAUGUGAAAUCCAACUUACUGUCAGGAAGCAUUCAAAGCCUUUGGAGAGCGGUGACUGGCCCUGUCUUUGAUUUUCAAGGAGAUCCAGCUCAGCAAGGUGGAACGCUUAUUUUAGGUCCUGGUAACAACAUCCAUUUUAUACACCUUGAUAAGAAUAGACUAGAUCACAAGCCCAUAAACUCCAUUUUGCAACUUGCCAGAGUUCAAAAAGUGAACUUCACAAAUCGCCUUUGUUUUGCCAUUCUUUACCAGAAACCAAAGAGUGCUGCAAACAUACACUAUUUCUCCAUAGAUGACGAAUUUGAAUAUGAGAACUUCUUCGCAGAUUUUGGACCACUCAAUCUGGCAAUGGUUUACAGAUAUUGUUGCAAGAUAAAUAAGAAAUUAAAGUCCAUUACAAUGAUAAGGAAGAAAAUAAUUCAUUUUACGGGCCCUGAUCAGAGAAAACAAGCAAAUGCAGCUUUCCUCAUGGGGUGUUACCUAAUAAUAUAUUUGGAGAAAUCCCCAGAAGAUACCUAUAGGAUGCUGUUGGUUGGAAACAUAUCCUAUGUUCCUUUCAGGGAUGCUUCGUAUGGUAAUUGCACUUUCUACUUAACACUACUUGACUGUUUCCAGGCAGUACAUAAGGCAGUCCAGUAUGGCUUCCUAAAUUUUGAAAAAUUUGACCUUGAUGAUUACGAGCAUUAUGAAAAAGCAGAAAAUGGAGAUUUAAACUGGAUAAUACCAGGCCGAUUUAUUGCCUUCUGUGGCCCUCACCCAAGAAGCCGACUUGAAAGUGGUUACCACUAUCAUACACCUGAAGCCUAUGUUCCAUAUUUUAAAAGGCACAAUGUUACCACCAUUAUCAGACUCAACAAAAAAGCGUAUGAUGCCAGGAGAUUUACAGAGGCUGGUUUUGACCAUCAUGAACUUUUUUUUGCUGAUGGCAGCAUACCUAGUGAUGCCAUAGUGAAAGAAUUUCUGAACAUCUGUGAAAAUGCUGAGGGUGUUAUAGCAGUUCAUUGCAAAGCUGGCCUUGGACGGACAGGCACCCUUAUAGCCUGCUAUAUCAUAAAGCAUUAUAGAAUGACGGUUCCUGAAACCAUUGCCUGGAUCAGAAUCUGUAGACCUGGCUCUGUGAUUGGACCUCAGCAACAUUUUUUGGUGUCGAAGCAGGCAAGCCUUUGGACAGAAGGAGACUAUUACCGUAAGAAGUUAAGGGAUCAGGAAAAUGGAAGACAUGCAGCUGCAGUCACGAAAAUCCUAACAGGGGUCGAUGACAUUUCAAUAAGUGAAAUCCAAUGUGAAGAAACAAAAGAUUCUGAAUCGUACAGUGAUGAUGGUGAUGAAAUAAAUGGAAUGACACAAGGUGAUAAGCUACUUGCUCUGAAAAGUAGAAGAAGGGCAAAAUCAGCUACUUCAAUUCCUCUAACAGUAAUUCUUCAGUCCAGUGUUCAGAGCAGUAAAACAUCUGAACCUAACAUUUCUGACAGUUCAGGCAUUUUUCAAAGAACUACCAGAUCUGCUACAAGAAAAAGCAGUUUUAAAAGUAGCCACUCCACUUCAAGAACUAGAACAGUCUUGCGUUAAGUUAUUAAAAAAAAAAUGUGGCUGGAACUGAAGGAAUCCUCUAGGAAAAGGAAAACAAUAGGACCCAGCACAGUUUGUUUGAAAAACAAACAAAAAACCAAAAAAAAAAUUCUCAGUUGCUUCCAGCUAAGAGACUUGGUCAAUGAAGAAAAUGUAUAUGAGAGUUUAAUUAGUUGAGUCUUGAGGCCAAUGAUUUGAUGACGAAGUCAAAUCUGUGUGAAGAAAUCUUUGAAGUUUGGCAAACAAAAGUAACCUAUUGUAAAUUUAGUCUCAGGUGUAAAUAUGAAGCCCUCUAUUGUCAAGAGGGUUCAAGAGUCUGUUUGGUGCAUGUGUAUAAAUUGUGAUGGCAAUCAUUUUUAGCUCUUGGCCUCCAAAGGAAUGGAGAAUUCAAGGCAGGCUUCUGUAUAUUUAUUUUCUGUUUGUCCUUGCUAUGUUCUAUUAAGAUGUAGAAGGAAACUGCUUUAUUGAAAGAGUAUUUUUUCUUGAUUUGCUGUAAUUUGAUUUAUUUCAUGUUAAUUAGCAAAGUACCACCAAACUGUUGCUUUUCACCAAAAAGCGUUUCACUGGUAACCUUAUAUAAACACUGUUGUGUGUUUUGGUACAAACAAAGUGGUUCUUUCAGAAAAUAUUUGAAAACUAGUGAAAGAAUAUGAUCAUUACUUUAGAAGGUCAAGGAGAACUGGUUUCAAAUAGUACAAAUGCUGCAUAACUUCAUUUCUCAUCCUUAAGACCAUUUAGUAAGUGAAUAGAGCCCUGUGACUGGUCACUGUUUUGUUGUCCAGUAACACAAACAGAGAAAGCUUUUCUUUUAAAAAAAAAUACUGUGAUUUUUCUUUUCCUUUACAAAACAAAAAUUACCAAGUAAUUGAAAUUUUUCUUAUGGUACUACUUUAAUUGAAUUUUGCUGUUGCUUUUUUCCCUUAUCUGAUCUUCUCCCUAGUUUCAAACCAUAUGUAUUGGUUUACACCUAUGGAUUUCAGUUAUUGGUAAAUAUCAGACCUCACUUAUUGCCUUUAUUUAGGGUAUACAAAAAUGUAACUCUUUGUAUAGUGCCUUCUUCAAACCAACGAAGCAGAGUAGAUUCUGUGAAUAUUAGAUGACAGUUGCAGAAAUUUAAUUUAAAACUUGAUGUAUCUUAUUACAUACAAUAAUGGGGGGCCCAGUGGCAAAGACUCUUUGAGUAUCCUGAGUUCACAUGUAUUUCUUUUCCACAUGCACAUGAAUGAAGUGUAUGAUUGUUAUUGCAUUAGACCAGUUUCAGGCAGUCCAGUUUGAGAAGUUGGAACAUUGAAAUAUAGAAAUGGAUAAUUUUGUAAUAUAAAUACAAAUGCAUAGAAUAAAUGUCAGCCAUGUUUAUUUUUAUACCUAAUUUAUUUUUAAGAGCUGUUGUUAAAAGAAAAAAAAACAGGCCCUACUAGGGCUGAAGGAUGAUUGUAAUUAUAGCCUGUAAGUGCAAAAAAAAAUGGCUUUGAAACAGUGGUUCCAUUUGGGGGGAAAGGGAUAAUUCUCUCACAUAACUCACUGAAAUUGGUAACUGACCUAGGUUCCUGCAGUUUAGCACAAAAUAAUCCUCUCCACCCUUGAGACAGAUGAUUUGAGGGUAGGACUGGAAACAAUGGCUGCUAGGACAUCAACUAUUAAAUUAAUUGGCCAACAGGCGGAGUCAUUUCCCCAUGUAGCUUCUGGCUCCUCUCUAGGCCAUAUGGGGAAAAGAAUAUUUUGCUAUACUAUGGUAGGGGUGGAAGAAAAAGGAAAGAGAAGCCCACAGUUAUAAAAAGUGAAUAUAACAUUAAGCCUCUAAUUCUGAGGUCUGUUUUCUCAUUCUGACUCUCAUUUCUUUAAAGAUUUUCCUGUAUUAAUAACCAUAUAUAUAUAAUCAAGCUGAAAUCUAAACCAGUUAUAGUUUCUUUAUUAAACUUAUUGGUCUUUUAAACAAAAUGGGAAAACUUCUGCUUUCCAUCUCAAUAAGACAAUUUUGUUUUGGGGCUAGUAAUAAAGAAUCUUGGCUGAAGUGUUUCCACCAUAAACAUUUUAGCCUCCAAAUUGCCAUCACGUGGUGAGUCCUCAACUCAGCCUUUCUUGAAUUUCUAACCAUUUUAAAUGUCAGCAAGGAUCUUUCUCCUUCAUAGUUUAAUGUUCAUCUGCUCUGUUCAUACCAGAAUUAGUCAUAGGACGUCUGAGUUUGGUUAAAAAGCAUUUCUUUGUUGGCCGCCCUCAGUGACUUGAGCUGGUAUGUGCCAAAGAAAACAGCAGACAGAGCAUGUGGGUGGGGGUGGAGGGAGAGGGACAUAUUCAGGGAUUAAGAAGCAUCUGGGAAUGGCUGCUGGAAAGAUUCCCAUUAGAAGUCAGUUUUCUUUUUCCUUUUUGAUCUCUAAAAAUAUAAUCAAAUUGUUCUUCUAAGGUUUCUCACUCUAAGCCCAUUUUGUAGAAGCACUACUUAAACAUAAAGAAUAGUUUGUCAGAUAAGGAGAUUUCCUGUUUAAAGGAAACCAAAUACCCAGAAGAGGUGGAUAGAAAACUAGCCUCAGAAUUAAUAAGGUCUGGAUUCAAGUCCAACUUUUAACAAGCAGUUGCCCUGGGGAAGUUUCUUAACUUCACACUGCCCUUGGCAUCUCAAAGACAACCCAAGUUGAAAAAAAAGUGCCCAUUUGCAUUGGUCAAGGAAAUUCCCCAUCUGUUGCUCUCUACCAUGACGAAAUUCAGAUAGGAUCCCCUAAAAAAACUGUACUCAACAGCAUUGUUGAUUUCUCAUGACCAUUCUGCAUAUUCAUGGUUAAACAAGUUAAAUAGCUCUUCCAUCUCUUUGGGACUGAAAUAGUGACAUUUAAAAGAGAAUAAAACAGAAACAAUUGUAUCUGAAUUAUUUUGAUCAUGAAGUAACUGUUUUGUUACCUUUUCCUUUUCUCAGAACAAAACACCGAGUCUGUGAAGUGUUAAAAUUUAUUUAUUGGAAGCAAAAUGAAAAACAAAAAACCCUUAUAAAACCCUUAGCAGAAAGGAAGAUUAGAGAUAGAUCUGUCUUAACUGCCAGGUUUAAAAUUUUAGAAAGUAUUUUUUUACCUAGCUGUGAAUAAUUGUUUCACCAAGCAUUGCCUCAGUACAACAAGUAGCCUUACUUGUCCACCAGUGUGGUUGCUCUCCUAAACUUCACAAUUGUUUAGUCCAAAAAUUUAGUACUAAUCCUCAGUCCCCUUACCAUGGGGAUUUUCAUGGGAAAAUUUUUCCAAAAUUUCUACCUCGAUUCUUUCCUCCAAGUUUUAGUUAGGAGCUGAUUUCCCCAUCAGAAUGAUUGGGGCCAACAUGUUUGAGACUGAAGUAAGAUCCACUGUGAUACAUACUGUGGAGAUGUUGCUUUCUUGGGAGACAUUCUCCUGUAAGAAAGACCCAAAGGUGAUGCCUUUCAUUUGAUUUACAUUUUCUCUCUGGGCAACAAGCAAUUUACUCAAAGAAUUUUGUGAAAAAUAGCUUCAAUUUUCUAUUUUCAUACAUCCUCUCUCAUAUCAUCUCACAUUCCCCUUUGUGGAAUUUUAUCAAAAGCUUUUAAAAUAAUUGUUGCUUGGCCCCAUCUUGAAGACAGUGGUUUUUUUUUUUCCUUUACUCUUUCAUAAUUCGUUCUCACCAAAUAAUGGCAGAGUGGGAUUAACUUCCCCACCUCCUCUCUCCAGAUCUUUGUAUUCUCCAUGUUGCUAAAUGGAAAUGCUGCAGAUGUGUUUUUAAAGACUGGACACUUAAUUGUGUGUCAAAAAUUACCUCCAGUUCAUAGAGAGAGAAAAAAAAUUGACAGCAGCUCAGUUCAUCUGAUUUGAGAACUGCAAUUUUGUAUUAAUAAUUUGCAGACUUUUAUCUAAUGUGCACUCAUGUAUAGGUUAUAAAAUGUUUUCAAGUGUAACUGAUUAAUCAGUACUUAUUUAAUCAUUGUCUUGAUUUUUUAAAUUAAAAUGUAUAUUUCUAUUCAUAUUUUUUAAAUCAGAGGGACCUGGUAGAGCGAAUGUUUAUUUUACUUAAGGUAUUUUUCAGGUAAAGCUUCAUCAUAAUGUCUUGUAAACUAGCUAGUUUAAUAAGUAUUGUCUCAUUUGAAAAACUUGUGUAUUAUAACUGAUUUUAUACAAAAUGUUAAAUAGUGAAAAUUGUAUGCCUAAGAUCAUGUACAAUUAAAACUAUUAACCAGAA